AUGACCCAGUGGAAGAGCAAGCUUCAAUUACCGGAGGAUGUUACCCUAGAAGAUUCAGAAGCCCGUGCCCAGCUGCGUCUGGGUCUCUUCUCAUAUCCCGUGCUCCAAGCUGCCGAUAUCCUUGUCCACAGGGCCACUCAUGUACCAGUUGGUGAAGAUCAAAGACAGCAUCUUGAGUUCUCCCGGUAUACAGCUAAUAGUUUCAACCAUCUCUACCGGCCAAUCUUCCCGAUCCCAGAAGCUUUGAUCUCCCCCGCCAAGCGGGUGAUGUCACUUAAGGAGCCCACUGCCAAGAUGUCCAAAUCCCACGCAGACGAGCGGUCUCGUAUUCUAUUGACCGACUCCCCAUCGGAGAUUCACAAGAAAGUCAAGGUUGCUUUGACGGAUUCGGAGCCAAUGGUGACUUAUGAUCCCGCUCGCCGACCCGGGGUGUCCAACUUGAUUGAGAUCCUUAGCCAUUUGGAAGAAGUUCCUUGCGCGACCCUCGCUGCCGAGUACCAAUCUGCUAGCCUUCGUACGUUGAAAGAGCACGUCGCAAAACGAAUUGCGUACCAUCUUCAGGAAGUUCGAGAACGGUACGUUGAGAUCAUGGCAGAUCAAAGCGGGUACCUGGACAUGGUUGCCCAAGAGGGGGCGGAGGCGGCUCAAGCCAAUGCGAGCCAGACCAUGCGACAGGUCCGGGAUGUCAUGGGUCUGUGA